UUAAGACAACGCGCAAAGUUGAUUUCUGAAAUUUAUUUAGUUAUUAGAUUUUCUGUUUUAAAAAUGUCCACAUUUUUAGAAAUGCUGUCGGGAGAUCAGAACGUCGACCUGAAGAAGUGCGGUGACGUGGUGAUCUCGCCCAGCGAUAAUAUGAUCGCGCUUUAUUGCCACUUCUGUUCGGACAUCUACACAAAUCUGCCAGAGUUUUUGAGACACCUUCAGUGGGCACAUGUGGAUGUUCUGCAUUUUACUAAGGAGCCCAAUGUAUACAGCGUUGAGGAGCUGCUUAUCGACAGGGAAGUAUCCGAGGAAAAUGCCCAGACUGCAAAGGACAACAACAGGAGCGGAGACUUCAGGGAACAUGCAGAAUCGGUAGAGCCUAAAACUAAGAAGGAUAUAAAGGAUACUUCCCAAGAAAAUUGUGAAACUAAAUAUAAACUGGCUAAAACAAACGAUUUUACAGGAUUUAAAAGCAUUAUUUUCGAGGCAAAUGACUUCAAAGAGAAUGAAAUCAUCAACAUGGAAACUUUCACAGUAAAGGGAUCUCGCAAUAUUGUUAAAAACAAAAAAACCCUACAAAUUUGCGACCUAAAGAGUCACACCAUUGCCAGGAAAUCGAGGAAACACAUGAGCAUCGUAAAGAGCCGAAUACUUAAUUCCAUCGAAACCAAAGAACUACAAAUUAAAUCUGUAAUACCCAACAUCAUUCCUCACAUAACUGAACCACUACAAUUAGAUAACAUACCCGCACAUAGCUAUCAAACACCUCCCAAGUGUUUCUCGAGAGCACCUAUUUUAAGUGUAAGAAAGUCUUCUCUAACUAAGGCACAAGGACCUCUCGGGAGCCCCAGCUCGCCAGAGAUUAUAACCGCUCUUUCCCAAGUGAAACUGCUUGAUUUUAAACCAAAGACCAUUUCACCUAGUCGGGAAAUUCACAAUUUUUACGUUUCUAAUAUGGCGAAUAAAAAACCGACCUUAAAAAUAAAAGAGGUAAAAAGUCUUCCAAAUCUUAAUGUUAAGCCAAAAGUGUUAUAUGAGCUAAAUAAUAGAAGUGAGAGCAGUUCAAACACUUCAUCCUCGCCCAAAAAGACUCAGACUAACAAAUUUUUGAUAAACCACGUUCUGGAAGAAAAAGCCAAACAAAAGAAGCUCGAACUAUCUCAAAACCAAAAACUAAUCAAAGAUACCAGUAAAAGCCUAAAAACUAUACAGUUUAAGGAAAACAUUCACGUGGGACAGCAGAUGGAGGAAAAGUGUAAAAAAUCCAAUGAAAACGAUGUCCAAAAACUAUGUUAUGAUAUACCCGAUAGUAACCCGAUAGUAACAAACAAUACAAAACAUGAGAUUAUAAAUGCACUUGUGACAAAAGAGGGUCAAAUUAUUCCCAAGAAAAACACAACUGCUAAAUUAGACAGUUGCUCUCUCUUGCAAAACGUUGGGUUGUCAGCAAUCAUAAAUAGUACUUUUGAGGACAAGUUAGUUUUCGAAGAAGUACUGCAGUUGAGGCAAAAAGCUUCCCAGUUUAGCAAAAUCUACAAGCAUUACCAUUGCAUUUGGAAUUAUAGAGCUAUGAAUCCGCCAGCUGAACCUCAAUUAAUUUCCCUUAUGAUCUCCUCUUUAACCUCGGAGGUAAACAUGGUGAUGAGAUGCAACCUGACUGAAAGCGAUAUAAAACGGAUUGUUAACCUGAUUUUCGUUUGGCACAAAAAUAUGACUGAUCAGGAGGAUGUUGAGAAGCCCAGUCUUUCGACCAGCGCUCAAUAUUAUUUAAAUUUAUUCACGUUUUUACCUGUCAGCUUUGUAUUUUUCUGCGCGAACUGUAACGAUUACUUUGCUGUUGAAAAAACAUACAAACAGCAUUUGAUGUCACACCAAUUUAAUGACGUUUUUGCUUCCUAGAGUGGCGAGGAUAACUUUUAAUUUAAGAUAUUAUUGAAUGUUCAAGUUAUACAUUAUUAAACUCUACGAAAUGUUAUAUAGUUGUCUAAAAGGGAAAUAUCUUAGCUUCUUGUUUACUUUUUCUUAGCAUUUUUUAUAUUUUACACUUAUUUAAGACUGGAAUAUGUGUCGAUUUUUUUUAGUUAUUUCAUAAAUAAAACAAAAAUUAAAUUAUAAA